UACCUGGGGUUCAAUUUGCCCGCCACAAUAACACCAAAUUUUCCCGGUAAAAAAAAACAAACAACCUGGAAGUUGCGAGUAAGGGUCCCACUUCUCCUUCCAUCUUCUCCAUUUCUACCAUUUUCAUAAUUCCUCAACAUUUUCUCUCUCCUCUUCCUCUUCUCUUGUGUAUAUCCUCAAUUUCUUUGUAAAUAUAUUUCAAAUCAUUUUCUUCUUCUUCCUGUGAAACUUUCUCUCUCUUUUGACUUUGUUUGACUCCAUUUUUAGGGUUUGCUUUUUUCUUCUUUCUCCCCUGUCCCAUCUCUUGUUAACAAGUAUUCUUUUUCUCUCUUUAAUAAUUCAAAAUUUCCCUUUUUCUGUCUCCUCUAAUUAUUAAAAGUAAUCUGCUUUUUCUUCAAAAAAAAACAUAAUUUUGAUUCAUCCCCUUAAUACCCACCUUCUGCUUUGAUUGGAUAAUUUCUCCCCUUUCUUCCGGGGAUUUCUAGGGUUUUUCUAGGGUUUUGUUUCUUCUUAUUUCUAAUUUUUGAGCCUUUAAUCUCUCUCUCUCCUUUUUUUUUUUUUUUUUUUUGAAUAAUUAUAUCAUCUGGGUGAAAUUAUUCUGUUGAUCAACAAUCAAUCAAUUACAAAAAAUAAUUGAUGGCAUAUCAGCCGAUUCCGGGUCGACCCGGAUCGGGGUCGAGCUCGGGUUCGGGUUUGCCAUAUUUGAGUUCACAGUUCGGAGAUACCACAUACACGAAGGUGUUUGUAGGUGGUCUUGCUUGGGAGACUCAGAGCGAGACGAUGCGUCGGUAUUUCGAGCAUUUUGGGGAGAUUCUUGAAGCUGUUGUUAUCACUGAUAAGAAUACUGGUCGUUCCAAGGGUUAUGGUUUUGUGACUUUUCGGGACCCGGAAUCUGCAAGGAGAGCUUGUGCAGACCCAACGCCUAUAAUUGAUGGGCGGCGUGCCAAUUGUAAUUUAGCUUCACUCGGACGACCUCGACCUGCUCUUUCAUUUGCAUCAACUAGCAAGCAAAGAGAUAGAGUUUGGUGGACAGGACGAUUAAGAUCACCUAGCCCCUAUAUUGGAAAUCCACGUGCACCAAUGGGAGGUGUUGGCUACCAACAGGCUGUUCCAUACAACUACCAGCAAGGAUAUGUAUACAAUAUGUAUGGGUUUCAGCCAUUUGGGCCUGAAUAUGCGUAUGCACAGGGCCUUUACAACCCUUAUAUGGGUCAACAGUACCUUCAGCUGUAUGGUGUUCCUGGAACACCAGGUGCACCCAUGUAUCCAUAUGGACAGUUGGCCCAAUCAGUUCAAGGUGGUGGUUACAGCCCUGUGCAGACUUAUCCCAUGCCAAGCCACCAAGUUGUGCAAUUUGGCGGUCCUAGUGUUAAUGCUAUGACGUCCUCUAUUCCCAUUCAGUCAUCGUACCAUCCAGGCAAUUUUCUCCCCAUUAAAAGUGUAGUUUCCCCAGUUCCUGGACAACCUCAAUUUAUGGUCCCUAGUCAUUCUCCUCAGUUCAUUCAAAGUAGUGGUUCUGACCAAGCAACUGGGUGAGAAGACUGAUUCAGCUAUCCUUAGCUUGCAGCGAGAAUUGCAGUUCUGCUACUUGAUUUGCAGGCUUCAGAUCUAGCCUUAUCUUUAUGCAUUCUAGAGGUCUUACAUAGUCAUGCUCACCAGAAAAGUCAGAUUUCUAAUUCGCAAUACAGCGGAGAAGAAUUAUGGGAGACAACGGUUUGCUCUUCCUGUAUAUUUGAUGCAUCUUUAAACCUUUCAUCGUGGUCAGUGCAGUCCUCAACAAGCUGACCACAUACUGCAUUUAAGUUGCUGGAAAGGUAUCCAGUGGCCCUGUAAAAAUAAACCAUCCUGUACAAAACAUACAUGUCCAUGUUAGAAUCAACAUAUGAUUCUUCUGUAGUUUAAGUCCCUCCCUCCCCUUUGCUCCCAGCCAAUCUGGGUUGUAUAGAAUCUCUGGUGUUCAUUUACAGCCGUGCAUCUAGUCUUAGGAACCAGACUAUCAUCCAUGUCUUGUGCAUAUAUAGCCUCUACUCAUUUUAUUUUCAGUAUAGCAUCUGUUAUAUUAUACAUUUAUACAUGUAUAAUGUUGGAAGCCCAAUUUCAAAAUAUGAAAGAAGGUUAACUCCAUUUUGGAGUCUUACUCGUCAA